AUGUUUCUGUCUCUUCCUACGCUGACUGUCCUGAUUCCACUGGUAUCUUUAGCAGGACUGUUUUACUCAGCCUCUGUGGAAGAAGACUUCCCUCAAGGCUGCACUCGCACCACCAGUCUGUGCUUUUACAGUCUGCUCUUGCCGAUUACCAUACCUGUUUAUGUGUUCUUCCACCUUUGGACUUGGAUGGGUAUUAAACUCUUCAGGCAUAAUUAACGCAGCCAGAGCCAAGAUGGUAUAUCCUAAAGAUAUGCUUGAGUGCCUGUCUCUGAAGGCUCGUCUACAUGGGAAUACUGGAAACCCGCUUAAUUUGCAGGAAAGAUGCUUUGCCUAGCUUUCUGUCAGGGGUCUAGGUCUAUGAGAGGCUUAAGCUGCAGAGGUGUCUUUAUUGUACUUUGGUUCUGCCCUUGUUUUUUGAAGGUUCUCAUUUAUACCUGGAGUAUCAAAAGGAACAAUACAAAGUGUCUUGUUGGAAAUUAACAGCCCCAACCAUCACUUGAUGGCUUAUCCCAUUCAUAAUUAAAAAUUACUAUUUUGAAAUUUUAUGUUUAUUUUAGAUUCAACAGCUUUGGUAAUGUCACAUGUUAACAAUGACUAAAAUAAUUCCAAAGGAGCUAUGUUGGAGUAGUUGUAGAGAAAUGCAUUUGAACUAAUGUGAUAUAAAACUAUAAUAAAAUGGAAAUUUCAUGGACUUGCCAAAAUUCUGAGUUUUUAAAAUCACCAUUUCUUUGGCAUCAAAUGCUUACAUUAAUUUUAAUAAAAUAAUAAAUAAAAAGAUAUUGACACUUGCCAUAAA